GAGGCUGAAUCCACUCACAUCGUUGGAAUUCAUCGAACGAUAAUCAGCUAGUCAUCUUCCAUACCGUGCUGACUUGAAGAAAACCACCCUCUCCACGAUACGACAUGUCUGCUUUUACCUGGCUGUGUGUGUUUCUGUUGGUUGGGUUGCUGAACGCGCCCAUCAAAGGCAACAUCCCGCCAGCCGGCGGGGAGGUAGAAGAUCACAAAGAGGAGUCCCGUGGCAUUGCAUAUCACCCAGCGGUUGAUGAGAUAGUGGAACUGGGAGAAGAGCUUGGGGAGUGUUUGAUGUACAAGGACAAAGAUUGUCUCUUGAGUAUGUACGCUGAUGAUGUACUUGUAGUACCGGAUGGCCACGCAGCAUACGAAGGAAUUGAGAAUGUGGAGCAAAACCUUGGGUGGCUGGAGUAUGUUGACGUGAUCAAGCAUCCGGCCGAGCACAUUGAACCAUUGGGACCCAGCGGGGAUUACGUACUUGAAGUGCAUGCUCAAGACAGUAUACUACCGGAUGGAAGCCACAAGAAGGGAAAGACUACUCUUAUUUGGAAGCGAAUUGAUGGGGAGUUCUACGUCAUCUUUCAGAUGAGCAACGACGAAUACUAAGGAAACAUGUCUGUCCACGGAGCAACGGCAUAGCUACGGGGAGGGAGGGCGUAGGGGAAGGGGGGCACGCUCCUACUUAUUUCCCAUAAUUACCUUUUUCACGUUUUGUUUCACGAAAACACAGUUUUUCGCGAUUGGCUGUUGGUGUUAUCGUCCCAUGGAAA